AUGCAGCAGAACUCGAGAGGCGACACCGAGCAGAGCGGUAAGCGCCAAUCGAUCGGCAAGAGGAAGCUUUCUGAAUCGCAACAAACCAUCUCCGAGCUCCUCUGUCAGAGUCACUCACCCGACCGCCUUGAUUCACAACCCCAUAAGCGUUCUCGCCUGUCAUCGUCUCCCUCACGCCCUUCAACCCAAACCAACCCGCAUACGAUGCAUCCGAUCUCCGGUUCCCCGGCUAAAAACGGCGCGCCUAGUCGGGGAGUGUCUGGGCCAAAUGGUCCCAUCAGAUCCCAAGGCUUGAACACUAAUGCCCGUCAAAACAACUUUUCUCCUCAUACCGGUGCGAAAAAGCUCGUCGUUAAGAACCUUCGUACCGGACCGCGGCUGAACCAGGAAUCAUAUUUCGAUAAGGUGUGGUCGCAGUUGGAUGCGGCUUUAACGGCUAUUUUUGAUGGCAGGAAACCAGAGAGCUCGCUGGAAGAGCUAUACAAAGGCGGGGAAAAUGUGUGUCGCCAGGAGCGGGCAGCUUUGCUGGCGAAGAAGCUUCAGGAUCGAUGCAGGGAGUUUGUUAGUGGGACAAUGCGGACGAAUCUUGUUACGAGAGCUGGAGGUAGCACUGACGUCGCUACAUUGCGGGCAGUGAUUGAGGCAUGGUCGGCCUGGCACUCGAAACUAGUUACUGUUCGCUGGAUCUUCUAUUAUCUCGACCAGUCAUUCCUCUUGCAUUCCAAAGAACAACCGGUGAUCCGUGAAAUGGGGUUGAUUCAAUUCCGGUCGCACAUCUUCUCCGAUGCCAGUCUGAAGCCGAAGAUAUUGAAGGGAGCAUAUGAUUUGAUCGAGGCGGAUCGAGGCGGAUCUACAAAGACAUUGGCCGAUUCAACUUUGCUAAGAGAGGCCAUCGAGCUUUUCCACAGCCUCGAUGUUUAUGGAAGUGACUUUGAGCCUUUAUUCAUGGUAAAGACCGAGGAGUUUGUGAAGGAGUGGUCGGUACAACAAGCAGCAGGAUCCCUGGCUUCAUAUGUCGAAAAUGCUCACCGGUUGAUCGAAGGCGAAGUAGAACGAUGUGGGCUGUUCUCUUUCAACCGAAGCACAAAGCUCAAACUAUCCGAGCUCUUGGAUGAGUCUCUAGUUACACAACAAACAGACGUGUUGACCAACGAAGACGAAGUGCUUGGCUUGAUGCGAGCUGGUGAUAAGAACGCCUUGAAACAACUAUACGGUCUGCUUGACCGGCGCGAUCUUACCCUCCGAUUGAAGCCUGCAUUUAGGAAGUAUAUCAUCGAGGAGGGUGAGAGCAUUGUGUUUGACCAAGACAAGGAGGUCGACAUGGUCGUCCACCUGCUUCAGUUUAAGCAAAAGGUUGAUGAUAUUUUGUCUAAUGCUUUCGAGUCGAAUGAGGAACUGGGUCACACGCUUCGCGAAGCCUUUGGUGCAUUUAUGAACCGUGGCAAGAAGAUGGACUCCACGGGUGGCACUGACAACCCCAAGUCUGGUGAAAUGAUCGCCAAAUACGUGGAUAGGCUGCUUAAGGGUGGUUAUAAGCUACCACCCGGCCGUAAUCCGGAGGAAGUAACCCUGAUGUCCGACGAUGCAGAGCUCGAUCGACAGCUUGAUCAAGUUCUAGAUCUCUUCCGUUUCGUGCAUGGAAAGGCUGUCUUCGAAGCCUUCUACAAGAACGACCUUGCUCGACGUCUCUUGAUGAAACGAAGCGCGAGCAAUGAUGCGGAAAAGAGCAUGUUAGCUCGUUUGAAGAACGAAUGCGGGUCUAGCUUCACUCAUAACCUCGAGUCCAUGUUCAAUGACAUGGACACAGCUAACGAUGAAAUGGCGGCCUUCAGACGGUCUCAGCAGGAGGACCGGAAAGGCCGGUUUGAAUUUGAAGUCGCCGUACUCUCUGCCGCCUCCUGGCCGACAUAUCCCGACGUCCCCGUACGGAUUCCAUCGAAGAUUGCACGCUCGAUCAGCAAAUUCGAGACAUUCUACCACAGCAAACAUACAGGGCGCAAGCUCACCUGGAAACACCAACUGGCGCAUUGUCAGCUGACUGCAAACUUCCCCCAGGGCAAGAAGAACCUGGUCGUCAGCUCGUUCCAGGCGAUUGUACUGCUCCUCUUUAACGAUAUCCCCGAUGGCGAGAGCAUGUCGUAUCCCCAGAUCCAAGAGGCAACUGGAUUGUCGGACCCGGAAUUGAAACGAACACUCCAGUCUCUCGCAUGUGCCAAGUACCGAGUCUUAUCCAAGAACCCCAAGGGCAAGGAUGUGAACUCCAGCGACCAAUUCUCAUACAACGCUAAUUUCAGCGACAAGCAACUGCGCAUCAAGAUCAACCAGAUUCAGCUAAAGGAGACUAAAGAGGAGACCAAGACCACGCACGAGCGGGUUGCGGCUGAUCGUCAUUUCGAGACGCAGGCUGCCAUCGUGCGCAUUAUGAAGAGCCGCAAAAACCUCAGUCAUGCCGAGCUGAUUGCGGAGGUUAUCAAUGCCACUAAGACACGGGGUGUUCUUCAGCCUGCUGAGAUUAAGGGAGAGAUUGAGAAGUUGAUCGAGAAAGAAUACAUCGAGCGCAAAGAAGGCACUAAUCAAUACAGCUACGUGUCAUAG